GCUCUGCUAGCACGUGCGAUAAGCUCGAGCUGUAUAUGAUGGAAGAAACACUUAUGAAAGACACCUGUAGAGAGAGGCGAGCGCCUGGUAUCGCACGCUCGACUCUCUCGACUUCCUGGCUCUUCUUGUUGUCCAUCUUCAGAGGUCGCAGAUGUCGAUCGUCAGCAUGACCCUAGAUCGCCAUCAAGUCUGGACCGCAAUCUUCUCCGACGAGCAAAUGGGCCUCCGAGUGACGUGCCAAGAGCAGGCCACUUGUCAUUGGCUUUCACCCGCUCGUUGCAGCGACCCGAUCAGAAGCUCCUUCCGCGGCAGUCUGCAAGUCCUGCCUCUGGUGCUUCUGUCGAGAGCGGCAAGAGUCGAAAGCGGCUGCUGUCUUCUUGUCGACCGCGGUCUUGUCCCGACGAGCCCGUGCGCCUCUCCAAUGGUUGCAUUCUUGCGGUAGGGCAGAUCAUAUGUCAUUGGCUAACAAGAGGCUCGCAGCAACGCUUCACAUGGGAGUCCCCCAUCCUCCGAUAUCCAGCCAGCCUACCUCAGGGGCCAUGAUCAGGAGCGUCUUGCAAGGACUCGACCGCAGUUGUCGGCUUCUUGUCGAGCCAGAACUCUUCCUCAUUGCAAGCGAGUGCGCCUCCCCAUGAUGCCCGUAAGCUGCUCCGGUAGUUCCUGUGGGUCACGGGCAACAUUCUUCGUUCGCUGCGGCAGCGCAGAUGAAGUCACACCCUUCUUCGAUCGGCCUAUCAGCUCAAUCUCUAGGCUUCGUCUUUGCAUGCUCGCACGAGUACGCGAGACGCGGUCCAAUUUAU